GCCCCCGCUCUGACGGGAUCCGGCGCGACGGCGGCCGCGCCAUUUCCUGCGGCGGGGCCGGGGAUGGCGGCGCAGGAGGUGCUCGGUCAGACCGCCCGGCUGGCCUCGUCCAGCGCCCUGCUGCAGGUGCUGUUCCGGGUGGUCACCUUCGCGCUGAACGCCUUCACGCUGCGCUACCUCUCCAGGGAGCUCAUCGGCGUGGUCAAUGUCAGGCUGACUCUGCUGUACUCCACAGUCGUCUUCCUUGCCAGGGAAGCGUUUCGCAGAGCUUGUUUGAGUGGAAGUACAAAGAGAAAUUGGACCAAAACAAUUAAUCUCUUGUGGCUGACAGUCCCUCUUGGUGUUUUUUGGUCUGUUUUCUUGGGCUUAGUCUGGCUACACUUGCUUGAAGUCCCUGAUCCCUCUGUGGUUCCUCAUUAUCAGGCUGGUGUGGUGGCAUUUGGCCUGUCUGCAGUUAUUGAACUUCUGGGAGAACCGUGCUGGGUUUUAGCACAAGCGCAUUUGUUUGUGAGACUUAAGGUAAUUGCUGAAAGCCUUUCAGUGGUGUCAAAAUGCAUUUUGACAGUUAUUUUAGUAAUCCUUUACCCUCAGUGGGGCCUUUACAUUUUUGCCUUGGCUCAGCUUUUAUAUGCCACUGUUCUGGUGAUGUGCUAUGUAACUUAUUUUGUGAUGUUUUUGGGAUCACCUGAAGCAACAAAGAAGUCAUUUCCAGUUGCUAGAGUGAAAGCUCUGUUACCUAACUUUGUGGAAGAUGAGACCUUUGUUAACUGGAAGGAAGCACGUUUGACUUGGAGUUUCUUCAAACAAUCCUUCUUGAAACAGAUUUUGACAGAGGGUGAACGAUAUGUGAUGACUUUUUUGAACGUGUUAAAUUUUGGAGAUCAAGGUGUAUAUGAUAUCGUGAAUAAUCUUGGUUCACUGGUGGCCAGGUUUAUCUUUUUGCCUAUUGAGGAGAGUUUUUAUGUCUUUUUUGCUAAAGUGUUGGAAAGAGGGAAGGCUGUGAAGGAUCAGAAGCAGGAUGAUGUUGCUAUGGCUGCAAAUGUGUUGGAAUUGCUGUUGAAGCUUGUGCUCCUGAUUGGCCUUACCAUCACUGUUUUUGGCUAUGCCUAUUCUCAGCUGGCUCUGGAUAUUUAUGGAGGCUCAAUGCUGAGUUCAGGAACAGGUCCAGAUCUGCUCCGGUGUUACUCGCUGUAUGUCCUAUUUCUUGCUGUCAAUGGGGUAACAGAAUGUUUUACAUCUGCUUUGAUGUGUAAAGAAGAGGUGGACAGGUACAAUUUCGUUAUGCUGGCCCUGUCCUUCAUAUUUCUGUGCAUCUCUUAUUUCCUGACCCACUGGUAUGGCAGUGUAGGCUUUAUCCUUGCCAACUGCUUCAACAUGGGCAUUCGAAUCACUCACAGCAUCCACUACAUCUAUGGUUUCUUCAAGGAAAGCACUUACAGGCCUCUGACAGGUUUGCUUCCCUCUCCCUUUUUGCUGCUGGUUUAUAUCAUCAGUGGAGUCAUCACUGGUUUCUCAGAGGGGUUCCUGUGCUGUGAUAAGGGGUGGAUGGCGAGGCUGCUCCACAUCGGUGUGGGCGCUCUGUGCUUUGCAGCAACCGUUGUGACGAUGUUUUGCACUGAGACCAAGCUGAUCCACUUUGUCAGAAGCCAGUUCCUCUCCCGCUAUUUGAAGAAAGGAACGUGAUGUGUCCCGUGCAGAACAGUUCUUGUAUGUGCUUGUGGUAAAGGGAUGUAUUUUUUUUCCGUGAGAUCUGUGUGGGGAAAAAGGUUUCCACACAUGUUUGGAAGCACUGAUAAUGGAGUGGCGAUGUAGAAGGUUGAAUAUUGUUUUGUCUUCUGAACUGAUCAGUAUAGUGAAAGAGAGAUGAGUAAUUUUCUCUUUAUCCACAAUUAUUUUCCAAGUUUUUCUUCAAACAGCCUCGUGGGUAGUGAAUGAAGAUCUAAGAUGCACCUUCUGACAUAACCUGGCUGAGACUUCACGUAGAGAGCUCCUGUUCCUACCCAUGGGGAGUGUGUGUGUGAAGGCAUGAUGUGGUUUAUAUCAUAAAGUGUAGUUAAGAAUGCCCUUAUUUGGCACAGAGGGGCUGCUUAACUGGUGAGAAAAUGAUCUGAUAAAAAAAACCCAC